CAAUCUCAGGGAAUUAUGGCGCUUAAUUCCCCAACCCGCUGCGCGGCCCCACUGACCCGCUCUGUUCCACCUCGUUCGCCUCUCGCUUUCUUCAAUCGGACCUUCUCCAGACCCCGAUUUUCCACCGAAGUCCCGGCCGCCAGGCUCGUCUCCGUUCGUUGUCAGACGCCCAGUCCGGACGGCUUCGCGUCCAAGCGCUCAGUGAGUUUGGACGAAUCCGAAGCUUCGAUCGGGUCCUCGGAUUCUUCAUCCGCGUCCUCCGCCAUUGAUUUUCUCACAUUGUGUCACCGUCUCAAGACCACAAAAAGGAAGGGUUGGAUCAAUCAGGGAAUAAAGGGUCCAGAGUCCAUCGCAGAUCAUAUGUACCGCAUGGCUUUGAUGUCUUUGAUUGCUGGUGGCGUUCCAGGCUUGAAUAGAGAAAGGUGUAUCAAGAUAGCAAUUGUGCAUGACAUCGCAGAAGCUAUUGUUGGAGAUAUAACACCAUCUGAUGGUGUACCGAAAGCAGUAAAGAGCAAAAUGGAGCAAGAAGCAUUGGAUGAAAUGUGUUUAGUUCUCGGUGGAGGGAUUAGGGCUGAAGAGAUCAAAGAUCUUUGGUUGGAGUAUGAAAAUAAUUCGUCCAUAGAGGCUAAUCUUGUGAAAGAUUUUGACAAAGUUGAAAUGAUUCUGCAAGCAUUGGAAUACGAAAUGGAACACGGAAAGGUGCUGGAUGAGUUCUUCAUUUCGACAGCAGGCAAAUUCCAAACUGAACUAGGAAAGAGUUGGGCAGCUGAGAUCAUUGCUAGAAGAGAUUCACGGUUGGGCAAUACUCGCGACUGAUUUCUUCAUGUAGUAACAUUCGAUGCCAAGCCUCCUUUUAGAAGUUGGCCGUCACCCAGCUGCGCGUGUUCCUUGUUAACCAUUUUCGU